GCGGACCAGGCUUCCUGCCUCCAGGGGGCAGCGGCCGCGGCCUGGUCCCAGGGUGGACAGCUCGGCGCCGCGCCCGGCCGCUCUUUCUGUCUUUGGGAGUGACGGGCCGGCCAGCGGGCCGCCGAAAGCCGGCGGUCGCCAUUCCCGUGUCGCUGCGCCCGCGGGGGCCGCCCGAGCCGGCCACGAUGCCACUGGGCCUGAAGCCCACCUGCAGCGUCUGCAAGACCACAUCGUCCUCCAUGUGGAAGAAGGGCCCGCAGGGGGAGAUCCUCUGCCACCACUGCACGGGCCGGGGCGGCGCGGGCGGCGGGGGCGCCGGCUCGGGGGCGGCCGGCGGGACGGGGGGCAGUGGCGGCGGUGGCGGCUUCGGCGCGGCGACCUUCGCCAGCACCUCGGCCGCCCCUCCGCAGAGCAACGGGGGCGGGGGCGGCAAGCAGAGUAAGCAGGAAAUUCACAGGAGGUCCGCUCGGCUCAGAAACACUAAAUACAAAUCUGCUCCAGCUGCUGAAAAGAAAGUUUCCACUAAAGGAAAAGGGAGAAGACAUAUUUUUAAAUUAAAAAAUCCCAUCAAAGCCCCUGAGUCAGUUUCCACCAUAAUCACUGCAGAAUCAAUCUUCUACAAGGGAGUCUAUUACCAAAUUGGAGAUGUUGUUUCUGUAAUUGACGAACAAGAUGGAAAACCCUACUAUGCUCAGAUCAGGGGUUUUAUCCAGGACCAGUAUUGUGAGAAGAGUGCAGCACUGACGUGGCUCAUUCCCACUCUCUCUAGCCCCAGGGACCAAUUUGAUCCUGCAUCCUACAUCAUAGGACCAGAGGAGGAUCUUCCAAGGAAGAUGGAAUACUUGGAAUUUGUUUGUCAUGCACCUUCUGAAUAUUUCAAGUCACGUUCAUCACCAUUUCCCACAGUUCCCACCAGACCAGAGAAGGGCUAUAUAUGGACUCAUGUUGGACCUACUCCUGCAAUAACUAUUAAGGAAACAGUUGCCAACCAUUUGUAGUUUAAAAAGUGAACAUGGAUUUCCAGUUGUCUUGUAUUUGUACUACCAUAAGACAUGCCACAUGUUUCUUUAAUGAAAUUCUUGGAUGGAAAAAUGACUAAAAGUUUUUUCUCUACUGCCCAGUAAUCAUUAGCUUGUUUCUUACUAGUCACUUAGAAAAUUAAGAGAUAGAAAAGAAUUAAAUAUAUUUUGAAGUUAAAUAUUACAUACACAUUAAGUGUGUGUAUCCUCCCAGGCAAAGACUGUAAUUUCCAAGGAGACAAUUAGGAACAGGUAGUGUCUAUUUUUCUCCAUAAUUUAUUUCUAGAAACUCAUAAAAUGGAUUGUAUUUUUCUACAAGAAUAAAAUAUUAAUUAAGGUUUGAAUUUCUAACCAAGGGCUGAAUCAAAUAAAAUGUAGCCGUUAGCAACAGUAUCUAUCACCAAGUUUAAAAAAAAGCUUUAUUUUAUCAUCUAGAAAAUGCUGUGACAGACUGUUGGCUGCUUUAACCUUAAGGAAAGUGAUUGGUGGAUGAUGUUAUUAGCCUAGGCUUUUUAAAACUUUCAUCCAGUUCUUCUGUAGUAAGCAGGGAUUCAGAAUCAUUUGGUUGAUCUUAAUAGAGCUGCUCUUCACUGCUCUCACCUACCUUCUCAGUCAGAGUGAGGCUUAAUCAAAACAUUAAGUUUAUAGUUCAGACAGACAACUUCACUAAAAACACACAGGAAACGAACUGUUCAGACAUCCCUGAGCAGUAGUUUCUUGACCACCAUUAGAACAAACAUUGGGCAGUCAUAAAAAUGAUUAAUCAUUAGCACUGAUAUCUAAAAAAAGUCCACCCCAAAGUUAAAACCAUCUGCUAUGUACUCAUAAUAA